GUUAAUGCCCAUGCAGCAGACAUGCAGUAGCGCAGACUUACCAACAUCGGCAUUGGACAUACUCACAAGCUAGUGGGGAGCUGCUCCAUUGCCAUACAAAUGCCGUUUAGUGACAAGACUAGGCAUGCACACUGGCAUCCGCGGACCAGAACUAUCAGCGUGAUGAGUUGGCAACGUUAGCGAGAGGCACAGUACCGAAUGACAAUUAGCCAGUGCGCAGAGCGAUAUAUGAUCAGAAAAGCUAAAGAAUCCAACGAGCAUCGAACCAUCUAUCGGACAUGGCACUUACUCAAUACUUGCCUCUGGCGGCAGCCGCCUUCUACGUCUGUUACCAGAUCUACAUCCUCCUCACAGACCCACUCAGAGAUAUUCCGGGGCCCCCACUAGCGCGGAUCACCUCACUUCAGACCUUCUAUCAUUUCUAUCGCAACAACUGGCAAGAAGAUAUCAGAGUACUGCACAACAAAUAUGGUCCCAUUGUUCGAAUUGCUCCGGGACAUUACAGCUUCGCAACACCAGAAGCGAUUAAGCCAAUACAUGGAUGGAAUGGAGGAUUUGACAAGUCAUCGUUCUAUGAACCCUGGAGCCCGCCGGGUACGACAAGUCUGUUCAAAGAGCGGUCGAAUAAGUUCCAUGGCGAUCUGAGGAAAAGAUUCAGCGCCAUGUAUAGCAUGAGCUCUGUCUUCGCCUACGAAAAGGGCGUGGCGGAAUGUGUGGAGUUGCUCACGAAGAGAUUGGAACGAAGUGCUGGUGGAACAGUCGAUCUUGCCUGGGAGAUCACAUGCAUGGCAUUUGACUCAAUUGGCAUUGUGACCUAUGGCAAGAGAUUUGGCUUCUUGGAUCAAGGCGAAGACAUUGGAAACCUUUCCAAGUCCGUCUACGCCGCUUUUACAUACGGAGGACUAAUGGGCUUCUAUCCGGACUUCCACGCACCCUUCAUCGCAGCCAAACGCUUCAUCGCAAGGCAGCUGAGCUCAAAGGGUACUGGCAAGAUGUACCUCGACAACUUCACCUCCGAUACCACAGUCCAACGCCGCAAAGACCGAGCAGAAGACCCUUCCCUCGUGGAACGCCAUCCCGACAUCCCCACCAGCAUCCUCGACAAAUUCCUCGACGCUAACGAACGAGACCCCGUCUACUUCAGCGACGCUCACAUCACCAUGGGUCUCGGCGCCAACGUCACUGCCGGCUCCGACACAACCAGCACAACUCUCACUCAAGCCUUCUACUACCUGCACCGCAACCCUCACACUCUCGCCAAACUCCGCUCCGAACUCGCUUCCACUGGCGUCCCCGCCAAAGACCUCAGCUUCCGCACUGCACAAUCUCUCCCAUACCUCAACGCCAUCAUCGACGAAACUCUCCGCCUCUUCCCGCAAACAGGCUUCGGUCUCCCGCGCGUUGUACCUCAAGGUGGAGCCACAAUCUGCAAUCGCCAUUUCCCCUCUGGAGCAACAGUUAGUAUGAACGCCUGGGCAAUGCACUACGACGCAGCUUUCUUCUCCGAGCCAGAGAAAUUUAUUCCAGAACGCUGGUUAGAUGCGGAUAAACCUACGAAGGCGAAAAUGCAAGAAGCCUAUUUUCCUUUUGGAUUGGGAAGUCGGACAUGUAUUGGGAGGAAUAUUGCGAGUUUGGUGAUUUUGAAGGCGCUGCCGCAGUUGGUGGAGAGGUUUGAUGUGGAGUUUAAGGGAGAUGUGGAGGAGAAGGGGUUGCCGGUGCAGAAUAUUUUCCUGGUGAGGGCGACGGAAUUUCCGGCUGUGGUUAGUGUUAGGUGAGGUGAGGUGAGAGUAAUGAGAAGGAGGUCACUGGGGUGAGAUUGGUUGGAGGUGAGGGUGUGGUGUGGAGAAUGGUAUAUUCUUUGGAGAUUUGUGUUACAUUGAGCCUCGUUCGGUCAGUGCGCAACCACUGAUUUCUUUGACUUCCAUUCGUGUUCAGCGGUCUUGGGUCGUCCAUCAGCUUCUUUCUCUUCAUCGCGUACGAUCUUCGAGAAUCGAACCACCUUUAUUCCAUUCACCAUAA